AUGGCGGUAUCAGAACUUCCAGGAACUAUCGAUUUUCUCACGGAUGCAGCACAUCUCCUACGGGCCACGGCCCCAGAGACUUCUGCUCAUCUCAUGAGCCAACGCGGUCAUCUUCUUCAACAACAUGGCAUAACACUUUCGGAUGUUCAGCGACAACACGUAUGUGGAGGCUGCGGAAUUAUCAUGAUCCCAGGUCAAGAAGCAACACUGAAGUUGGAUGCUCGAAAAAGUCUUCAGAGGAGGAAGGCUAAAAGUAAAAAGUCAAGCGGCAACUUGACCCCUAAACCAACAGAAGAUCUCCGGGGACCCUGCAAGAUUUUGCACUGCGACAACUGCCAACGAGACACCAAGAUCGUUAUGCCGCCUCCAGGGCCAGCUGUGAGGCGAAAAACAGCACAGUCAAAAGUCAAGAAAGUUUCUACACCUGUUGAGCAGCCCAAACAAACAUCGAAUGCUAGCAGCAAGAAAAGAGCUAAAAACCGAAAGGCCGGGUUACAAGCCUUGCUUUCAGGACAAAAGCAACAAACAACGAACCGACUCAGUCUUUCUCACUUUAUGAAAUGA